AUGUCGAACGCGCCGGGACGUCCGAAGAUCGACUUUAAUUCGCUCCCGGUCCCCAGAGGCUAUGUGCCGGGCCUGGGACGCGGCGCCACGGGCUUCACGACCCGGUCGGACAUCGGUCCCGCGAAGUUCACCCCGGGACAGGGCGCCGGACAAGAUGGCGGCGCGCAGGAAGGCGCCCAGGAGGCCCAGAAGCCCAUGGUGCAGUCCAACAAGUUCGAGGAGCAGGACGCCGGGAUGUUCGCCGGCGGGGCGUACGAGGACGACGACAAGGAGGCCGACCAGGUGUGGGAGAAGAUCGACGAGCACAUGGACGAGCGCCGGCGCGAACAGCGGGAAAAACGCCUCCAGGAGGACCUCGAGAAGUACCGGAAGGAGAACCCGAAGAUCACGGAGCAGUUCAAGGACCUCAAACGCAAGCUCGCAGAGGUGAGCUACGAGGAGUGGGACGCGAUUCCCGAGAUAGGGGAUUACACGAUUAAAAAGCAAAAGAAGUUCGAGUCUUUCGCGCCCGUGUCUGACAAGCUGCUGACGGGCGCGGCCUCCGCGGCCGCGGGCGCGACGGGCAAGGUUGCGGACGACGGCCUGACCACGCCGGCGGGCACGAUGACCAACCUGACAGCAGUCGGACAGGGUAGGAGCACGGUGUUGUCCUUGAAGCUGGACCGGAUGGCCGACAGCGUGGACGGGCAGACGUCGGUGGACCCGAAGGGCUUCCUGACGGCGAUGGGGAGCCAGAAGGUCUCGUCGGACAUGGAGAUAUCCGACCUGAAGCGCGCGAGACUUCUUUUCAAGUCUAUCAUUCAAACCAACCCCACCAACUACACGGGCUGGAUCGGCGCCGCGCGGCUCGAGGUGCAGGCCGGGAACCCGCAGGCCGCGCGCAACCUCAUCAUGAAGGGCUGCGAGGCCUGCCCGGGCUCCGAGGACGUCUGGCUCGAGGCGGCGCGCCUCCAGCAGGGCGAAAACGCCAAGGCGGUGUUGGCGCGGGGCGUCGCGGCGAACCCCGAGUCCGUCAACCUGUGGCUCGAGGCCGCGCAGCUCGAGACGGACGACGCCGCGAAGUCCCGCGUGCUGCGCAAGGCCCUCGAGCGCGUGCCGACGUCCGUGCGGCUCUGGAAGGCUGCGGUGGAGCUGGCGAGCGAGGAGGACGCCAAGGUGCUGCUGUCGCGGGCGGUGGAGUGCUGCCCGCAGCACCCGGAGCUGUGGCUCGCGCUCGCGCGCCUCGAGACGUACGAGAACGCGCGGAAGGUCCUGAACAAGGCGCGGCAGAGCAUUCCCACGGAGGUGUCCAUCUGGCUGCACGCGGCGAAGCUGGAGGAGACGCACGGGUCGGACGCGAUGCCGGGGAAGAUCAUUCCGCGCGCGAUCAAGUCGCUCCAGGCGAACGGCGUCGUGAUCGACCGCGACGCGUGGCUGAAGGAGGCGGAAGCUUGCGAGCGGCUCGACCCGCCGCUGCGGCACACGUGCCGGGCGAUCGUGGCGGCGGUCGUCGGGCUCGGCGUCGAGGACACGGACCGGAAGCGCACGUGGAUCGCGGACGCGGAGGAGUUCCAGCGCGCCGGGAGCUUCGAGACGGCGCGCGCGAUCUUCGCUGCCGCCCUGGAGGUGUACCCGCACAAGAAGGGGGUGUGGCGGCGCGCGGCGAUGCUCGAGAAGGCCGCGGGCGACGUCGAGGCGAUGGACGAGCUCCUGCGGCGCGGCGUGCAGCACUGCCCGCAGGCGGAGGUGUUGUGGCUCAUCGCGGCACGCGAGAAGUGGCGCACGACGCACGACGUGGCCGCGGCGCGGCUGGUCCUGAGCGAGGCGUUCAAGGCGAACCCGAGCAGCGAGGAGAUCUGGCUCGCGGCGUUCAAGCUCGAAUUCGAGUCCGGGGAGUUGGACCGGGCGCGCGCCAUCCUGGCCAAGGCCCGCGAGAGCGAGGCGGCGCGCACCGCGCGCGUGUGGAUGAAGGCUGCGAUCGUCGAGCGCGCGGCGGGCGACGCCGCGGCGGAGCGCGAGGUCCUCAAGCAGGGUCUCGACGCGUUCCCGGACUUCCCCAAGCUCUGGCUCAUGCUCGCGCAGCUCGAGGUGCGGUGCGGGCACCGCGACGCGGCGCGGCGGACGCUGGCGGCGGCGGUCGCGAAGUGCCCGCAGAGCGUCCCCGUGUGGCGCGAGUACGCGGCGUUGGAGGCCGCGGAGGGCAACUUCGGCAAGGCGCGCGCGAUCCUCGAGCAAGCGCGGCUGAAGAACCCCGCGCAGGAGGCGCUGUGGGUGGCGGCGGUGCGGGUCGAGCUGCGGGCGAACAACGCGAAGGCGGCGGAGGUCACGCUCGCCAAGGGCCUGCAGCAGUGCCCCAAGUCCGGGCGGCUGUGGGCGAUCGCGACGCAGCUCGCCCCGCAGAAGCAGCGCCGCGGGAAGUGCUCCGAGGGCCUGAAGCGGUGCGACCAGGACCCGUACAUCGUGGUGGAGGCGGCGAAGCUGUUCUGGGCGGAACGCAAGGUCGACAAAGCGCGGCAGUGGAUGUCGCGGGCGGUGGCGGCGGCGCCGGACAACGGGGACAUCUGGGCGCAGCUGUACAAGCUCGAGCUGCAGCACGGGGACGAGACGACGCAGCGGGCGGUGGUGGAGAAGUGCGCGCAGGCAGCGCCGCGGUACGGGGAGUGCUGGAUCCGCGUCGCGAAGGACCCCGCCGCGCAUGGGCUCUCGGAGGAGACGAUCCUCGCGCGCGUGGUGCCGCUGUUGGACCAGGACCCGCCGAUUUGA